GGCAGCAGGAGGCAGAAGAGGUGUCUCAGUUUUCCACGGGUCCUUGAAGGCAGCAGGAGGCAGAAGAGGUGUCUCAGUUUUCCAUGGGUCCUUGAAGGCAGCAGGAGGCAGAAGAGCAGGUGUCUCAGUUUUUCACGGGUCCUUGAAGGCAGCAGGAGACAAAAGAGCAGGUGUCUCAGUUUUCCACGGGUCCUUGAAGGCAGCACGAGGCAGAAGAAGUGUCUCAAUUUUCCACGGGUCCUUGAAGGCAGCAGGAGGCAGAAGAGCAGGUAUAGCUCAGUUUUCCACGGGUCCUGGAAGGCAGCAGGAGACAGAAGGACCUUCCAGAACUUCCUGCGUGGGCCUGCAGUGUAAAGUCCGCCCCAAGAGAGUCGGAGGAUGUUUGCGGCGGUCGUGCUGCCGGCUCUGCUGGGAGCUCUGGCUCUGGCUCUGUCUCUAGCGCAUGUGCAGACUUUGACGCAGGGCUGCCAGCUGCCGUCCGAGUGGCGGCCUCAGAGCGAAGGUUGCCGCGCGGAGCUGGCGGAGGUGAUGGUGUACGCCAAGGUGCUGGCCCUCCACCUGGCCGAGGAGGCAGGUCUACUGUACUCGGCCGAGGUGGAGCUGCUGUGCGACCAGGCCUGGGGGAGCAUGCUGGAGGUGCCUGCGGGCUCCAGGCUCAACAUCAGCGGGCUGGGUUACCUGUCCUGUCACUCACACACCGUUGUGCAGGACUACUCCUACUUCUUCUUCCUCAGAAUGGACGAGAACUACAACAUCCUCCCCCACGGCGUCAACUUCCAGGACGCCAUCUUCCCCGACACGGCCGACAACCGGCGCACCUUCUCCAGCCUCUUCCAGUUCUCCAACUGCAGCCGGGACAACCAGCCCUUCCACACCUUCAGCCCUGACUGGGACACGCUGGAGGACCACCGGCUGCUGUGUUCCUCGGUGCAGGCGGCGCUCUUUGAGGAGGAGGAGCGAGGUCGCAAGGCUCAGGAGCGCCUGGCCGCCGCAGAAAGACGCAACAAGCAGCUGAAAGAGCGCCUUGGCAAGGUGAAACGCUCCCUGAGCAAAGCUCGCAAGGCGGCCGGCCGGGCGGGGCAGGAGGUGCAGGAGCUGCUGCUGAGGCUGAAGGCCGCCGAGCGCCGAGCGGGCCAUCAUCUCAACACCAUCAGGCAGGAGGGAGCGGGACGCUAUGCCGGCACACCCAUGCGUCGCGGUGUGCGACUGUGAUGGGCUGUGGCGCUCAUCAUGGUCCAGGAGCUUCUGCCAAUCAACUCUUUCCGAGCACCGCGGCUGCAACACACAAGA